UGGUCUUACUCGUCUCACUUUUCCGUAAAACAUCGUUGAAGAAUGACUAAUUUGCCAGUUUUAAGUAUUUACUCAAUGCCUAGCUAAUUACACAUCGCAAACAAACACACAGAAGUUCAGUUAACGUUGGAGACGCGAGUGGCAAUUGCAAAUCAGCCAAGAUGAAGAGGCAGUUUGCGAAAAUCAAAAUAGCAGCCGAAAAUCUGUCAAGAUCCACCAAAUCGGACUGCAAGGAUUCUGAGCUGGAGACGAUCGAGCGGCAGGUGGACAGAUAUCGGGAUACCAUCGAAAAGAUCGUCCGCAAGCUACCGGCGCUGAGUGGUGGAGGUGGAAAUAACAGCGGGAGCACCGAGGAGCAGGACAAGCGGACUAAGAAGAACAGCCACUACAAAAUUGCUCAGGCUUUGGAUGAGUCCGCCAAGGAGCUGCCUAAGGAUAUGCCGCUGCAGAAGGUCCUCGCCAAUUGCGGCGAGCUGGAGAAGACGAUGGCCGAGUGCAUCAUCGAGAGUGAACUGGAGACAGAGACCAAGGUGGUAAGGCGACUGAAGAACAUCUUGGACAAGGAGAUCCAGGAGAUCUCGACGCUCAAGCGCAACGUAUCGCGCACUCUACAAGAGUACACCUCGCUAAAGCGCAGCCAUGAGGCGGCAAUCCGGCUGGAGGAACCAGCGGCUAAGGUGAACCACAUAAAGACCCAGCAGGAGGAGUGUGAGCUGAAGCUUGAGAAGGAGCGAGAUGCCUGGGCGGCCCAGAUGCUGGAACUGAUUGCCAAAGAGGACGAGAUCGUUAGCUGCAUCCGCGACUAUGUACUCAACCAAAGAAACUAUCAUGAGCGAGCCCUGCAGCAUGUGAACGCCUCGCUGGCCCGCAUCCAGGACACCAUUCAGGGCACUGAGAAGUCCCGCUUUGGAACCCCGUUGAAAGAGCACCUGACAUCCACCAACCGCGAAAUAUCCUACAUCGUGGAGCUGUGCUGUUGCUGCCUGCUGGAGAACGGUCUGGAGGAAGAGGGUCUGCUGCGCGUGGGCUGCGCCAGCACCAAACUGCGCCGAAUGAAGCACGCCCUGGAGGCACAGCACGUAAAGACGCCGCUGCCGCUGGACUACCAGGAUCCCCAUGUCAUUGGCUCAAUACUCAAGCUAUACUUGCGUGAGUUACCCGAGCCGCUGCUCACCUACGGCCUGUAUAAGGACUUCAUCCGGAUCGCCGAACGACACACCGAAGCGGAACGCAAGACAGAGAUCAAGGCUAUUCUGAGCAAGCUGCCUAAGGAAAACUAUGCAAACCUACGUUACCUCACCCGCUUCUUGUCCAUUGUGCAGCAACGAUUAGCGCUUAAUAAAAUGAGCUCCCAGAACCUGGCCAUCGUAAUGUCGCCAAACAUGCUGUGGCCACGGAUCGACAAAAGCAGCAACGCCCCUGCUGAUUACAUCGGUCAGGUGAAUAGCUCCUCGGCAGCCAACAUCAUCGUGGAGCUGCUAAUCAGUCAGUGGGACUACUUCUUUACCGGCGAAGUCGAGUUCUAUGUGACCCUGCAAAAGCAGAAGCUAUUCGUCGAGGGCAAGAGCAAAUCGAACUCCUCCAAUGAAAACCUUGAUCGCAACGAUAGUGAAGUCAUGGAGAGCCCACGCUAUGGUACACUGCGCAGGCAGAAAGCUAAUGCACCUUCGCCGCCAACCACUAAUGGAAACGGCACCAUUAUGACCACAUCACAGACUUCGCACCGACCUCAUGCCAAGGAGCUAUUCCCCCAGCAGACGCCGGUCCAGCAGGAGAAGCCCGCCAAGCCACCGCUGCCUAAUUUGCCGCAAUUUCAAUCGCCAGCUGCUAGCCAGCCGACGCAGACACAGACGCAGCUUGAACCACUACCCCCGCCUCCAGUAACGCCAGCGAAGCCGGUUCCAAUGACGCGGACUCAGUUCUUCGGGCUGGACAACCUGCCCUCACCGACGGCCGAUCGAAAGAGCACCGAUAGCAUUGGCAGUUUUAAGUUAAAGCCUGAUGUCCCGCUAAAGCCACUGUUACCCAAGCGGCCCACUGUAUUGGGCGUGGGAGUGCACAAGGUAGAUGGAAAGAGCGACGACGAGGGCGGUACGACUCCAACUCAGGCGACAAUUGAUAAUGGCAACGGCAGUGUGCGAUUCAAAACGGAACAUUUUCUUGAGAAGCUGCGUCACGAGAACACGGAAACAAAUGGAACGCGGGAGGAGCCGCCAGCGGGCAAGGAAAACAACCACAAUCAUGACCAGCAUCCAACGGCUCCAGAGGAAAAACAGCAACAGGCGCAGCCCCAAGUCACGACACCCAUCUCUCCAAACUCAUUUCAAACGCCCAAAAGGCCAACGGUGCCAGCGCCACCACCGCCAACAAAUUGGAAAUCCUCGGAAUAGAUGGGAACUGGGGAACCGGACAGUGGGGACAGAGUCAGAGUCAUUAGGUGUUACUGUUUACUCGUUAAGACUUCAACGCACAGUAAUAUAUAUAUAUAUAGUAUAAAUGGGACUAUAUAUAUAAUAGAAAUGAUCCUUGUGGUAAGGAGACAUUGUGCAUUAUAGAGAGAAGAGUCUCUGCGUAUUCUGCAUUUGUAUUUUUGCCUUGUUCAUAAGCAAUCUAAUUUGUACGUGUUUAGCCAUAUAACAAUAUCAAGCGAUAUCCAUUUACGUAUAUAUAUAUAUGCAUAUAUAGUCUGUAUAGUAGGCCACCAUAACUCAAUUUUCGAAAUUUGAUUUGUUAGCCGAAGCGAGCUCUCAAUUGUUAAUCCUUGUUUGAAAGGUUGUGAUACAUCAGAAAGGUUUUGUGUUUCCUUAAUAUUUUGCUUUGCUCUUGAGUCAAUUUUGUUAACUUUUCCAACGAAAGACAUUGUGAUUUCCUUUUAUUAAAACUAUGAUUUCGAUUAAAGCAUACUAACGCUAUUGCUCCAUUCUAAAUUCGGGCUAGUACAGAACUAAUUCCAAUGUAUUCAUUUGAUUCAUUCGAAUCACCAAGUACAUUUCUAUUGAAUUAUCAUUUUGAUGUAUAAUGUACUAUACUUUGUAUUUUUGCUUUAUUAAUUUGUAAUGCAACUAUUAUUAUUUUAAUUUUAUAAUAAAAUUAUGUAUGAUGAACUGUUGUGUAUAUAAAAUAUACAUUAAAAAAGAUGAAUAUGAUUUUAUCAGAAAAGUA